AACAAGAAAAGUGGGCUUGUACCCAAACAAAUGCAAAGGCACUCCAGUUGUAUGUACACUGCCCUCAACUGACUCGCUUCUACCUAGGGUUUUGGUCAUUUUCUGUGGUGAAAAAAAUGGGCUGAAAUACUAAUUGGCGCCGACUAGUUCUUGAUUUUCUCUCGCACAUACCUUGAUACCCUUUUAUUGAAGUAACAAGUGGGAGCAAUUCAUUCACUGUACAAAGGUCUUCAGACUCGCGAGAAUGGGUGCUCCUAAGCAGAAGUGGACAUCAGGAGAAGAAGCGGCUCUUAAAGCUGGCAUUGCCAAGUAUGGGGUAGGCAAAUGGAGUACUAUACUAAAAGAUCCAGAAUUUAGCACAGUUUUGCGAUCACGUUCAAAUGUGGAUCUUAAGGAUAAAUGGAGAAAUUUGAAUUGCAUGGCAAAUGGUUUGGGGUCUCGGCAUAGGGCAAAGGUUUCAUAUAAAAGCAAUCAAGUGACUCCCAAGAUCGAUAAAGAUGCCAUUGUUCCUAGCUCCACAGCUGAGAAUGAUUCAGAAGUGCUUGAUGUGAUUCCUUUUUCCUCAUCUAGUGAAACACCAACGGAUGAUGGUUCACAAACACGAAUAUCAAGGCUUGAUGAUCUUAUAUUGGAGGCAAUCACUAAGCUGAAGGAACCUAGAGGAUCUAGUCGACAUGCAAUUGCACAGUACAUAGAGGAGCUACACUCAUUACCUCAAGACUUCGAAAGGAUGGUAGCUACAAAUUUGAAGCUUUUGACAGAUAAUGGACUAUUAAUUAAGGUGAAGCACCUAUACAGGAUUGCACCUAAUUCAAUGUCUUCUGAUGCGGGGAAAGUUGCUUCCAUGUUUCUUCCAGAUGGAACAAAGAAUAAUCCUACCAAAGUAGAGAAAAAUGUUAUCAGAAUUCUUACUAAAGCCCAGGUUGAUGCUGAGCUAGAGCAGAUGAAGAACAUGACUGCACAAGAGGCAGCUGCAGCUGCUGCACAAGCAGUCGCAGAGGCAGAAGCUGCAAUUGCAGAAGCUGAGGUGGCGGCAAGGGAAGCAGAGGAGGCAGAAGCUGAGGCAGAGGCUGCUCAGUGUUUUGCUGAGGCAGCUACAAAGGCAUUGAAAUGUAAUACUAUCCGAUGCUGGUAAAGUCCAUCCCCGAGUUCCAAGAACCUGCAGAUGACCUGCAGAUGGCCACCACCACUCAUUGCAUUUCUGGAUCUUUUGCAGGCAAGUCUAUAUGGUGUAAAUACGGAUAGGGAUGUAAAUCUUGAGUUUUGUCCAUAGAACAGUCUUUGAGUUUUAUUGGUUUUAAUGUGGAACUGAACUCACAAGGAGAGUAGCUUGACUUUCAUAAAGAACCUUAAAGAGUUAAAACUGCAUUAUCAAUGGUACUAAAUAUUGGUUCUCGUUUGCUGCAUACUAUGCUAAUAUAUUUGGUCCAAUUUAGCGUGAA